GCGGCCAAUAAAUAUGUUGUGACAUUAGUGCGGAUGGAUGCAAAUCAUUGGUAUUGACUUAUCAACACCAAUCAGGAAGGCUUAUAUCUCUUUCAGUGAUUCUUUGGAACAUCAAAGCCUCCAACAAAGGUUAUUUUGACUUCGUUUUUGUGUGAUCCAAUUGAGCGCCUUUGAGACAUCUCUCCAAUAAAAGAUGGAAAUUUCACAAUCCAGAGACCAUGUUUCUGUUGAAAUCCAAGAGGAUUCUCUUGUGCCUCCUAUUAUAAUCCAAGAGGAUUCUCUUGUGUCUCCUAUUAAAAAACAGAUGGAAACAAAAUCUACUUCUGCUUGUAUCUUCAGGGUCUCCAGUCAAUUUCAUAAGGGAAAUGACAACGCAUAUAUCCCUGGUAAAGUUUCCAUUGGCCCUUUCCAUCAUGGGAAUGACGCUCUAAAAGUCAUGGAAGACAAUAAGUGGCGCUAUGUGCAUGCACUCCUCAAUCGAAAACCAAACCUUGAGGCAAGCUUGGAUGGAUGUGUGAAAGCACUUAGAAAGUUGGAGCACAGAGCAAGAAGAUGUUAUUCAGAAGAGAUUAGUUUCACAAGUAAUGAAUUUAUUGAAAUUAUGUUAAUUGAUGGCUGUUUCAUCAUAGAGUUAUUCUUUAAGUAUGCCUUCAAGAGUCUAAGACGCCGGAGUGAUCCUAUAUUUAGCACACCUGGGAUGUUCUUUGACUUGAGGGGUGACAUGAUGUUAAUAGGAAACCAGAUUCCCUAUUUCAUUCUCCAAAGGUUGUUUCAAAUUGUACCAAUUCCUACACAAUGUAGUCUGUGCCUCCAUGAGCUUGCCUUUCGUUUCUUCAAAUCAAUGAUACCAGGAGAUCAAAAAGCUCUGUGGGAGAAGAUUGACCAAGAAGGGAAUCACUUACUUGACUUUAUCUUCCACUGUUUCCUCCCAACAUACACAAGAGUACCAUCAAAAAAUGGAACAAACCAAGGCUUAAACUGUGCAACACUUCUCCAACAAGCAGGAAUUAGGUUCAAGAAGGCUGCUACCAAAAGCUUAUUAGACGUAAAGUUUGUUAAUGGAGUCCUUGAAAUCCCACCUCUAACAUUUCAUAAACGUACAGAAGCACUUUUUUGCAACCUCAUUGCACUUGAGCAGCGUUACUGUGAUGGCGUGCAGCACAUUGCAUCCUAUGCUUUUCUAAUGAGCAGCCUUGUAAGAUCUGAGAAAGAUGUGAAGUUACUAGGCAGACAGGAAAUUCUCAUCCAUGAUAAGAACCAGGAGAAAGAGGUUCCUGAACUAUUAAGGAAACUCUGUGGCGAUGAGAUAGUGCAGGACUUCUAUUACAGUGGGCUUUCGGAACAAGUGAAAGAAUACAGAAGAGCCGGUCUGCGUGUAUGGUGGCAAGAAUUUAAGCGCGAUAGUCUAAAAACUCCAGCUUCACGUUUGGUGUUCAUCUUGAUUAUUCUGAUCCUUGUUCUCUCAGUUGUAGGAGCCUUUUUUUCUGUAUUCUCAUUCUGUCUCCACAAAAUGUAGGAAAGAAGAUGAGGUUCUCAUUCUUAAACAAAGGAUGACACAAAUAAAAGGAGGAUUUUUUUUCCCC